AUGAACGGACCAUUUAUCCCAACCAAGAACCCUUCUCAUCCCAAGGGCUCUGGUCCUUCUCUCCUCGCUUGUCUUCUCUGUCGCCAUAAGCAUCUUAAAUGUGACGGGGCGACCCCUGUUUGUGGCCGCUGCGCAGCCACAGGGGCAGAGUGCCAGUACACUCCUUCUCGUCGUGGGUACAAAGGACCCUCCAAGAAACGGCGCGCCAACCCGUCCCCCGAAAGGACACCCUCUUCUGAUCAAUCGUCUUCAUUCGACUUUCAGUCGGUCGCACUACUGGAUACUUCCCAGGAUUGGAACGUUCCGGACGGACUCUCUUACAUUUUCCCAAACGGCUUCCCUUCUUCAGACUCGAAUAACUCCAUUCCCAACAAUGACAAGGCACUAGUGCCGGACUCUGUGCCAGUCACCAACGGUUGCCCUCUCACCCCCGAUUCGGUGAACUCCGUCGCUGGUGAUGGUUAUCUCAUCGAUAUUUACUACACGUACUUUCACCCUUCGCAUCCGAUUCUUCCUCCGCUUCGUCUACUCUAUCGCUCUCAUGUGCCGCCAUUUCUCGAGCAUGUUAUCAAGUUCAUCGGUUCCCACUUUACCCCGGCCGCAAAUAGUGAGGUAUAUAGACCCUCGGUGAUGUCGUCAGCGAUGGAGCAAGAGAGCUCCGUGGAGAAGCUGCAGGCACUUUUGCUCCUGGCUGUUGUGCUGCAUUCGCGAAACGAGCGGGCAGAAGCCGGGCAAUGCCUCGCUACAGCCGUCGACUUGGCCUUCGAACUCGGACUUCAUCGUGAGAAUUUCGCCAUCUCCAUGGGCGGAGGUGAUCCGGUACGGGAAGAAAGUCUGCGACGCACUUGGUGGGAACUAUUCGUAAUAGAAGGCAUGUUGACUGCCCUGGGUGUUCAGCGCACCUUCCGCACCAGCCUAGUACCUCUCGAGGUCGGUCUUCCGUGCGAGGAACGCAUCUUUCAGGAUGGAUUGGCCGCUCCACCACCUCCUACCAUUGCUCAAUUUGACGACCACAUUUUUGCCGACGAGGAGCGAGAUUUUUCCUCCUACACCUAUCGGAUCGAAGCUGCUCGUAUCCUCGGGCGGGUGGUUGCUAUUCAGGACAUGCUUGAGGGCCAAGAAGACCAUGUGGAGGCGAUCGACGCCCGUAUCAACAGCUUUUUCCACCAUCUUCCAGAAUCGAAAGCCGAAUUAAUGCGUCCAGAUGGGUCAGUGGACGAGAUGAUGUUCCAGGCAAAAAUGAUUGCAAACGGAGCCAGUGUCUAUCUCAAUUUUCCAAGAUCAGACUUACUAUCGUCACCUGCGGUUGCUGCCGAAGUCAUCUGCGGGCAUCAUGGUCCCUGCAGCAUCCCGGCCUUCACGCACAAUGAUCAUGCCAUGAAAGCUCUCAAGGCAGCCAAGGAAAUCUCGCAGUUAGCCUCCAUCCGAUUACCAGUCGUCAAACAUACACCCUUCUUCAUCUGCGCGCUGGUUCUCAGCUCCAUCGUGCAGUUAGCAUCCUGCUCCGUUAAAGCCGGGAGGAUGCCCGAGCCCAGUCGGGAACGACUGAGUCUCACCAUCGGUGUUUUCAAGACUCUGGCCCGUACGUGGGCCAUCUCUCAGGCGAUAAUGCGACAGGUCAAGGCUGUAGCGCGCGACGUGUUGGAUGUUGGGCUGCGGCCCGCCGCGGAGCCUUUGCAAAUGGAUUUGACUACUGUCCUUGACGGUGGCCGGUUUUGGUUGCCCGAGGCACUCCCCAGCUGA